UCUUGAUACUCGAAUGAGAAGCGGUUUCAGCGAGAGAAUUUCCACUUAUUUAUUGGAGUGUACGUCACAGAACAUUCUGUAAACUAUGAAGACUUCGUAGUGAUUCAGAUAUUAUUUAUAUUUGAAUUGAAAGGAGAGACAUAUGGUUUUCUCAUAAAAGAGAAAAUCCUGGUUACAGCUGUUCCUUAUUUUUUCUUUGUAAAUCAACAUCGUUAAACUUUUGGCAGCAAGAUGGUUUUAGCAGAUUUAGGAAGGAAAAUCACAUCCGCUCUGCGGUCUCUGGGCAAUGCCACCAUCAUUAAUGAAGAGGUACUAAAUGAGAUGCUGAAAGAAAUUUGUAAAGCAUUAAUUGAAGCAGAUGUAAAUAUCAAACUUGUCAAGACUCUCAGAGAAAAUGUCAGGUCUGUCAUUGACUUUGACGAAAUGGCAGGUGGUUUGAACAAGAGAAGAAUGAUACAGUCAGCUGUUUUCAAAGAACUUGUAAAGCUGAUUGAUCCUGGUGUUAAGGCCUGGACACCCACCAAAGGAAAAAACAAUGUCAUCAUGUUUGUUGGACUCCAGGGGAGCGGUAAAACAACAACAUGUACUAAACUUGCCUAUUAUUACCAGAAGAAAGGAUGGAAGACGUGCUUAAUUUGUGCCGACACUUUCCGUGCAGGAGCUUUCGAUCAGCUGAAACAGAAUGCCACCAAAGCAAGAAUCCCCUUUUAUGGAAGUUACACAGAAAUAGAUCCUGUGUUGAUAGCACAGGAGGGAGUAGAGAAAUUCCGAUCGGAGAAUUUUGAGAUCAUCAUUGUGGACACUAGUGGUCGUCAUAAGCAGGAGGAUUCCCUGUUUGAGGAAAUGUUACAAGUCAAUAAUGUCACUAAUCCAGACAACAUUGUGUUUGUGAUGGAUGCUUCCAUUGGUCAAGCAUGUGAGGCACAGGCCAAAGCCUUCAAAGACAAAGUAGAUGUUGGUUCUGUCAUUAUAACCAAACUGGACGGCCACGCCAAGGGAGGAGGAGCACUCAGUGCGGUGGCAGCCACCAAGAGUCCUGUGAUAUUUAUAGGAACAGGAGAACACAUUGAUGAUUUUGAACCUUUCAAAGUUCAACCUUUUGUUAGCAAAUUGUUAGGUAUGGGAGAUAUUGAAGGUCUGAUAGACAAAGUAAAUGAACUCAAGCUAGAUGACAAUGAAGACCUAAUGAAGAAGCUCAAACAAGGUCAAUUCACAUUACGAGACAUGUAUGAACAGUUCCAGAACAUCAUGAAAAUGGGUCCCUUCAGUCAGAUUAUGGGCAUGAUUCCUGGGUUCAGUUCUGACUUUUUGACAAAAGGAGGGGAACAGGAGUCGAUGGCCCGCCUAAAGAAACUUAUGACCAUUAUGGACAGCAUGAACGACAAAGAGUUGGAUAGUUUGGAUGGGGAGAGGUUGUUUACCAGACAGACUGGACGUAUACAGAGGGUAGCAAGGGGAGCUGGGGUGUCGAUAAGGGAGGUAAAUGAGUUGUUGACCCAGUACAAGAAGUUUGCUCAGAUGGUGAAGAAGAUGGGAGGCAUUAAAGGACUCUUUAAGGGUGGAGACAUGAGUAAGAAUGUGAAUCCAUCUCAGAUGGCCAAACUGAACCAACAGAUGGCAAAGAUGAUGGAUCCCAGAGUUCUACAGCAAAUGGGUGGAAUGCAGGGACUCCAGGGCAUGAUGAGGCAAUUCCAACAAGGAGCUGCUGGAAAGUUCGGGAAUAUGUUUGGCAACAUGGACAGAUAACACAUGGGGAGAAAUGAAGAGAGAAAUCAUUGUACUUGGAUUUUCCUCCAGUAUUGUGCUGUGUUUUAGGUCAUCGAGUCUCUUACUGUCUGACAUCAUGGAUUAAAAAUUGUCAAAUGGAGAUAAAGUCAUCAUUUCAUGAACUUCAACAUGUUUAUCAUGUGCCAUUCUCAUUUAUUAUGUGUAUGUACUGCAUAUUUUGAUGAAGUCUGAAAUACAUGUACGUCUGAAUGUUCUUUUGUAAUGUACUGAAUGUGCAUGUACAUGCAAUUUCAUGGCAAUAGGAUGUUACAUAUUUAUACAAUAUAAUUAAUUUUUGUGAUAACUGAAACUAUGUUCAUGUAUUUUAUUAGGUGAUUGGUCUGAUAAUUUUUCCAAUGUUCACAUUGUUAACAAAGACUUAUAGUUGAGAUAAAUGAACUUACCAAGACUUGGAUUUUUUUCCCUCCAACAUUAACUUGGGUAGAAUUAAGAGGACUAAUGUCCCAUAGAGGAAGUGCAACUUGUGUCAUUAAAGUGAAAUAUUGCAUGGAGUAAAGAUUCCAUAGAGGUACCAGAUUUUCCAAGCUAAAAGGUAAUUACCCAUGCUUACGAGUGUGAAAUGUAGGUUAGAUGCAGUAUUUGGAUUACCAAAGGUGUAUUCAAUAAAAUGUCCAGAAAUA